GUUGGGAAGUAAAAUGUGGGAAAGUGUGGACCCAGCUUAAAACUUUGUUUGUCUUCCUCCUGAGUCCUGAGACGAAGCAAAGCAUUAGAAAUACAAAGUGUAAGUAUAAUAAGCAAAGGUCAAUGUCAUCACUCAUCAAUCACUAACUCCACCGCCAUGUCAUACUCGUUUCUAUGAUCCCUUUUUUAGUUACCAAAACACCCUUCUGAGGCUCGAAAUGGAUGGUCACGGAGGAGGAGGAGGAGGGAGCAGAGGAGAAGCGGAGCUCUGGCUUUACACAGCGAACAAGGUUUUAAGCGCACGUGACCUGCACGGGGCCCGCUCAUUUGCGAUCCGGGCUCGAGACUCCGACCCGAGAUACGAGCCCACUGAGCUCCUUUUAGCGGUGAUUGAUACCCUCAUGGCCGGCGAGGCCCGGAUCAACGACCAACUGGACUGGUACGCUAUUUUGCAAGUCCUCCGUUACACUCAGAACAUCGACUACAUCGCCGCCCAGUACCGCCGCCUCGCCACCCAACUCGACCCUCACCACAACCCCUUCGCCUUCGCCGCUCAUGCCUUCACGCUCGUCCACGACGCGUGGACCGUACUCUCCAACCCAACUAAAAAGACUUUCUACGACAACCAACUCCGGCUCCUCACUCAACCCCCUCCUCCUCAGCCACCACCACCACCUCCCGCUCCUCCUGCCCCGGUGGCCUUCUUUCCUAUUCAGCCGCCGCAACCGAACCUAAACCCCAACCCGAUUCCGAACCUAGUCCCUCCAAGGGAAAGCCCUAGGCCUAGGCCUAGGGUAGAGGUGGAGCCGCCACCACCGGCACCGCCGCCGUCGAGUCAGCUGGACAAUGCGACCGAAUUGACUCGGGCGAGUGAGGCCGAGAGCGAAGGGGCGAGUUUCUGGACCGCGUGCCCUUACUGUUACGUUAUGUACGAGUAUCCGAAGGUGUACGAGGAUUGUACUUUGCGGUGCCAGAAUUGUCGGAGGGGGUUUCAUGCGAUGGUUGUACGUUCUCCGCCAAAAGAUGGUACUUUUGGCUCGUUUUGCAGUUGGGGUUUUUUCCCUGUGGGUUUUUCUGGGGAUUUUAAGGACAUUAACGGGUCUUCUUCCAAGUGGAACCCUUUCUCCCCUUUGUUUCCUUGCGCCUUGAAGGGGGCCGAGCAGAAUAGUAGGUACCAGAAGGGGCCUUGGGUUUUUUAUGAUGAUGACGCGUCUGCGGAGUUCGUCGAGGCUGGUUCCGACACGACGGAAGAUGAUUCCGAUGAUGAUGACUGGCGUGGCGGGAAUCAGAAGGGGACCACGAGGAGGAGGAAAAGAAGGAAGAGGAGAAGCAAUGCUGGUGGUGAUGUUAGAAGGGUACCUACAAUUGAGAGGCCUAGAAGACGGGUUCAGAAUAGUGACGGUAAUGACAGUGUGGGGAAUGGUGAGGCUGUGGAUGGUGGUGCCCUUGCCGUGCCGGUGGCACCGGAGUCUAGCAAGAAGGCUGUGGCGUUGGGUGGAUCAAGGAGGAGGAGUGAGAGGAACUUGGGGAAGUUGGAUUUAAAUGUUGAGUUUAGCAAUGAGGUGGAGGAGCCUGUGCAUGGAGCAGGUGAAGGGAAUGGGAAUGCUGAGGAUAAUAUUGAAGGGAUUGGGUUUUUUGAGGGGCUGGAUGAGUUCCUUAGUAGCUUGCCUAUUCUCAAUGUUGUUGCAGAUGAUAAGGUUAAGGGUCAUUAGUAGUGUGCAUGCUCAUGUAGGUAGGCCCCUUCUUUUUUGUUGUGGUAGAUGUUACUUUCUUGUAUAUUGGUACUUGUCGCACCAACUGAAGCUGAUGAGCAACUUUUUUUUAUUCUUGUUAUGUUAGUCUUUUAAUAAUUUGGGGCAAUACUUCCUCACUUUGUUUUGAACUAUCUGGGGAGGAUUUCUUUUCAUUCUCUCAUGUUCUGUUCAGGAAGGAUAUAUUACUCAUUCAAGUUUAAUCAGCUCUCUCUAUUUCUA